AUGAGUCAUCGCAUCGACAAAGUUGAGAAAAGCCUAGAACACGUGACCAAAGCAGCCGAUGUAGAAGAACUGGCGGACAAAAUAAAGGAGCUAGAAAACAGAAUAAAGAUAACAGAAAUAAAGAAUGAAGAUUUAGAAAACAGAGGGAGAAGAAUAAACCUAAACUUCUUCAACUUUGAAGAAGGGAUAAAAAGAGAAGAAAAAUCCUGUGACCAGUUCAUAGUGAAAUUCAUCAUAUCCCACAUGGUAAAAAAGGAAGAAACCAUAAACAGGAAAUUGAAGAAAAAACAGCUUAAAGAUACAUGUACUCAACAGAGGUGUAGUGACAGCCCAAAUGAGGCAAAUUAUAGCUGUAUGGAAGAAAUCAAAAGGAAACUAGAAGGGCAUUAUAAUUAUAAGGCUUUGCAUCCAUUGCUGGAAAAUGGUAGUAUAGAUGAAGAUCCUAAGCCACAUCAAAAAGUUGCAGUUAUUGGUAUUUCAAACUGGGCACUUGACCCUGCUAAAAUGAAUCGUGGAAUAUUGUUAUCAAGAGGUGUCCCUGAUGAAGAUGAACUGCAGAUGAGUGCUAGUGGAAUUUGUUCAAGUAAUUCUAACGUACUAGACUUUAUCAAGCCAAUGAUUCCUAGUCUUGCAAAUGGGUACCGGAAGUUGUAUAUGGAACAAGACAGAGAAUUUUUUGGUUUGAGGGAUUUUUACAGCUUAGUGAAAAUGGUGUAUGGAUUUUCCAAUGCUACUGGUCAGCGCCCAACUUGGCAUCAACUUGAACACUCAAUUAGACGUAAUUUUGGAGGAAUGGACAACACUAAUCCAUUACAACACUUUGGAGAUCUUAUGAAACAUGCAUAUGAAACAAAGUAUGGGUUCAAAAAUGAUCCCGAGGUACACCCUUCAGGAUUAAUUUGUGCCAGCCUCCACGGUUUACCAAUGAAGAUGCUCAAAAUGGACAGUGACCAUCGCUAUUUAUUGGUGCUGACAGAGGGGUUUGCUGCUCUUGGCAUUUUGCAGCAGAAAUUGUUGUCUAUGGAAGACACUGUGAUAAUGUUUGGCAGCAGUUUUCCUAGCGAUCAAGUGUAUACGCAAGUGUGCCGUACUAUCAAUCGCAUAAAAGUGUGUAUGGGAACAGGACGUACAGUAGUCUUAUUGAACUUGGAUAACUUAUAUGAAAGUCUGUAUGAUGCUCUGAAUCAGUAUUAUGUAGAGUUUGGUGGGGAAAGAUAUGUAGACCUUGGUUUAGGGAACCACAGAGUGAAGUGCCGUGUUCACAAGGGAUUCAGAUUGAUAGUCGUUGCUGAUAAGAAAGUUGUGUUUGAUCGUUUCCCAAUUCCACUGAUUAAUCGCCUUGAAAAGCAUUAUCUAUCAACAGCGACAAUGCUGACAAGACUUCAAUUACAAGUUGUAGAUAAGCUUGAUGCUUGGGUUCAGAACUUCACAAAAAUAUCCAGAAAUUAUAUCGAAUGUAAAAGGAAGCAUGUCAUAGUAGAGGAAUGCUUUAUUGGCUUUACUAGUGACACGCCAGGCUCUAUUGUAGCCCUUGUAUGCGACACCGAUAGUGAAAAUGAAGCAGACAAUGGUAAUGACAACGACAAAUGGGUAGAGAUGGUUUUCGAAAAAUCAAAAGAGGCAUUAUUAUUAAAUGCAACGCCAGAUGCUGUGUGUCGCCUACCAAUGUCCGAACUUUGCAAAGCUGACAGUGAACAGUUGAAAAUGUUGUGGAAUACAUAUUUCAACGAACAGAAACACACAUGUUUAUCUAGUUUCAUAAGGUCCAUCACCGUCAAAUUACCUGGCAUUCUUGCUCAAGUCACAACACAUUCAAGAUUAUUGCUGAAACCUGAUAUUGAUGAGUUGGCAGUAGAAAUGAAGCUUGACAAGAAAUCAUUACAGAGAAAUACUUUAUUUUUACAGUCGUUUGAGAUGGAACUUCAAUUUUCAAAGAGGAUCCAAAUUAUGAUUAAUAUCGGGAUUUCUUCAAAGAAAGAGUUUGGAAAUGAAGCGCUUUUAAUAAUUCAGUGCGAAAGUGCCAACAAGAAUAGUAAUCUGAUCCAAUGUGCAAGACAUAUAGUACAGGCAGAGAGAUCUCAGAUAAUUAAAACUGGAACUGAAAUUGAUGGACAUCCAAAGCAUGUCAUAUUUAUUAUUCAAGUUGCCAGAACUACUGAUGACCUUUUUUAUGGUGUGCAAGGUGGCAAAUGGCUCUCAAUUCACAUCGAUGAACUAAGACCUCCUCAAACGCUUUCUCCAGAUAUCACUUUUUACAACAACAAAUCGAUUAGUGAUAUUUUUGGCAGUGAUGUAACACAUUCGGUCUAUGACAGAACAACAGAAGAAGCCAAAGAAACAUGUAUAUCUUCCUCACAAAAUUAUUUGCAAGUGGAAAAACAAUACAAAGAGAAAGAAAGCACAAGAAUGUCGAUAAUUAAUGGGACUGCUCUUCUGAAAAGUUGCAUCCAUGGUGCUACAUCAAUGCUUGAAAGUGAUGGUACAAGGAGAAAGCAACAACGUGUUUCUAUUUUACUUGAACUGUUCAAGGAUUUUGACAAUGACUGUAAUAAAAUAUUAACGUUUAAGGAAGUGUUGAAGAAACGGACAUUUCUACUGUUGCAAGAAAGAGAUAAAAAAGGCGCAUUUCAAACUGAAUGGGUGUGCAGGGAGGCAAUGUCUUUAGAAAACCUGCAGGUCAAUGGUACAUUCAGGCGUACUGUGUGGCAGCGAUUGAGAGCGACAGUGACUCCAAUUCUUGGUGAAAUCAUUGCGUUUGUAGACAAAAAUUGUAAUUUAGAUGUGGUAAGACCUUCAGAAGAAGGAAAUGUGAAAAGUACUCUCUGGUUGCAGAUUUUUGCCAACCCCAACCUCACAGUGAUCCAGUAUGACUCCUUCCUCUCACCGGUGACGAAUAAACCACGAGUUACUAUUCCAGUAAUGUCAUCCACCUCUAAAGGAAAACAUGAGCAAUACAAAUUCCCAUUCUUCUUGGUCAUCAAAGACCACAUGGACAAUCUGCUACACAAUGCUCAUAAAUUAAAAGGUCCUGAUGAGACAAGUGUUAGCCGUGCAUUUCAGUGUGUGUUAGAUGAGUCUGAGAUUGCAUCUACUCUAAUAAUGAAUGCAAAUGAUGAACACCAUGAAGAAUUAAUUCACUGCUACCUGGAAGACUUUUCACAAACUGUACCUAAAAGAAAAAUAUCAGAACAAAUAUCUGUUGAAUACAAGAAAAUUAUUCAGCAGUCAUUACGAAGUGUGGCAGCUUUACCUCAUGUUAACAAUAAAACCGGUGGUUUUAUUUUAACAAUUCCUGCAAUUCAUGUGUCUUAUGAAAUAAUCCGUGAACGCUUGGAACACUUUGAACAGAUUAUAAAACUUUAUCCUGGUGCCAUACACUCAGAUGUCGAAGAAAACGCAGAAAUGGUAUUGGAUGCAUCAGCACUGCUAUCACUAUUAAUAAGUCUUAAGCCCGAACCAACUGAAUUGAAAUGCAUUGUCAAACGAAACGCAUGGUUAAACAUGGUACGCAAUGCAAGACCGGUUGUUGAGCGAAUAUUAGAUUCUGAAAAACGCAGCAAAACAGACUUCUAUGGGACUAUCAGUAGAAAGCGAAUUAAAGAGUGCAGACCGCUCUGGAUAAGCAUCAGUGUUGUUAAAUUAUUCGUUGAACACGUGUGUCCUGACACGGAAGCUGGUGGAGAAAUCAUAAAACGGUCCCGUAAUCUGCUUCUUGCUUUGGGUAAAAAUGUGGAUUUGAAGAAAGCAAGUUCCAUCAAUACCAUCGAGAAUUUCUUGAUCACUGCUAACGUCACGGCUAGUGUGCAACACUUCAACGUUGAACUAGUACGAGAUGGGCUUCAGUUGUAUUUAGAAAACAAGCGUGACGUAAUUCCCAAUCAGGUUGAACUAUCAUUGUUAUGUAUACAGUGCAUGGAGGAUUCAUACUACAAUCUGGAAAGUAGUUCUGCACAACAAUCCCAAUCAACCAUGGUUGAAGUGGCUAUAAGUAAACUGGAGACAGCUAUGAACAAAAGUCAUCAUCACACAGACCUCCUGAAUGUGGAUCAAUUGGAAUCCAUUGCUGCAGCUCGGUUUGGAUUGAUAAUUACUGCGGAAAACAUCCAGCGCUAUUACUCUGGCAGUUUACUGUACAACGAUGCUCAGUCAGAGGACAUGGCACCCAUUAAAUGUUUAUUUGAUAAAGCCAGAAAAUACUGCGAAGGAUGCACUUCCGAGUGGCCACGAUUAUUUCUUCUGAAACACUUAUGUAGAACAUAUGAUACUAAUUGCGUCCAAUUACUCUCUAAAGACGAGUUAUUGAAGUGGAUUGUACCUCCUGACAUUAGUAUUGAG